CUGGAUAAUGAUAAUAGGUGUCUGUAAAUGUUUAAAUAAAAACAAACAAAAAAACCCAAAAAACUUGCCAGUGUGAUUUCAGUCAAUGUUUAAAUAAAAAUAAUAGGACAUGAGAUAUUUAUGUUCAUACUAUUGCAGUGUUUUCAAAAGAUGGGACAAUGAUUGUGCUUGUGAAUACUGGGGAGAUAGUGGCUUUAUUCAUUUUUAUUCAGAAACAAUAUUUUUUCCACUGUGUACUAACGCGCAAAUUUUUCGGGGCUCCAUUGCGCUUUAUAUGGUCAUAAAUCGCGCCAAUAUUCGAACCACUUCCUGAACCAGCGAGGCUUCAGACGUCAUCGGUGACGUCACUCGCCCAUAACGAAGCAAGCCUCGAUACGCGCUUCAUAAAAGACUUCCUGGAUUUCUCGACACACGCUCCGAAGCCUCGGCGCAGUACGUCCCAUCACUACCGUACGGUAGCCGGUCUACCGACAGAAGUACCGCUUGUUGUCCUCGGAAGUAAGAGAGCGGCAAUGCCUUGGUACAUUAUAAACGCAGAAAGACGCCGGUACUAGAUAUUGCAUUCUCUAUCUGGCGGCUUGAAUGGCGGAAAACCAGAAAUGUAGCCGAGCCGACCCGGGCCAGACCAAGCCGUGCCGAGAAACGAGAGAGAGCAGCAGUCAGACUGACAGCAGAACACGAGGCUCUCUCCCCAGGUUGUCAAAGGUAAACCUGUUUACCUUGUUGAGUUUAUGGAUGGAGUUGUUUCCUCAGGAAGAACCUGAGGGGGAUGAUGACGGUCAGGUCCGUCCGGUGGGACUGGUGGUAGUGCAGGACAAUAAGGUGAUUGGACUUCACUGUUCAGGAGCUGAGCUCCACGCAGGACAGGCAGCCAUCAUCCAGCAUGGUGCCCGAUUGGCUGACUGUCAGCUGUACUUUUCUAGGAGACCCUGCGCUACUUGCCUCAAGAUGAUCAUCAAUGCUGGAGUCAGUAAGAUCUCUUUCUGGCCUGGUGACCCUGAAAUCAGCAUGCUGAAGUCCACCUCUACAAACCAUUCAAACUCCCACAGUUCAUCUCACUCAAUCACAGAGGAGGCUGCGCUGGACGCCAUGGCGACAGAAAAGCUGAAGUCCAACAGCCGUCCUCACAUCUGUGUGCUGCUGCAGCCGUUGGCACCUGGCCUGAUGCAGUUUGUUUCCGAGACGUCCCGAGAUUGUGAUUUUAUGCAGAGAAUGACUGAUGAUGACCCGGAGCUGAACACAGAGGAGCUCUUCAACAGACAACGCACAGCACACCGAAAGGAUUUCUCCAGACACUUCCUGGUUGGUACGUCCCAGAAGCACCAGGAGAUUUUGACCAAAAUGGGCCUGGAGAAUUUCUGUAUAGAGCCCUACUUCUCCACCCUGAGACACAACAUGAUGGAGCUGGUGGAGGUUCUAGCUACAGUGGCUGCUGGAGUGCCGCGACAACAAUACGGCUUCUACAGGGAACAGUCGUCUGCCUCCUUGUCUUCACGUCAUGAGGAAGUGCCCCAAGAAGUAGCUUGUCACUGCAUCAUACAAGCCAGGCUGCUGGAAUAUCGGACAGAGGACCCCAAAGUGGGCGUGGGUACUGUCAUCUGGGCCAAAGGACAGUCGGCUGGCUGUAAUGGAACAGGGUGUCUGUACCUGGUGGGUUGUGGGUACAACGCCUACCCAGCAGGCUCACAGUAUGCAGAGUACCCCCAGAUGGACAACAAACAGGAGGACCGCCAGAGACGCAAAUACAGAUACAUUAUUCACGCAGAACAGAACGCCCUAACCUUCAGGGCGCGAGACAUCAAGCCAGAGGAGCCCACCAUGUUGUUUGUAACUAAAUGUCCAUGUGACGAGUGCGUCCCUCUGAUCAGAGGAGCCGGCAUCACGCACAUCUACACCUCCGACCAGGACAAUGGCAAAGACAAGAGAGACAUUUCCUACCUGAGAUUCAGCAGCCUGAAGAACAUCCACAAAUUCAUAUGGCAAAGAAGCCCUCCCUCUGCGCCUUCUCCUCACCUCGCUAAUGGUUACAUUGGGAAGCACGGCAGACAGACUGAGCAUGAGAGCAACAGUAACAAGAAGCUGUGCACGAACAGGUACCACCAAUCACCUACAGUCAGCUGAACAUGGGAUAUCGAUGGACUGAUGGACAAAUCCACAUACGUUACCAUACCAUACCGUACCACAUACCUAAUCCACGUCAUUCAGACUUGAAUGAUGUUAAAAAGAAAUACAGAUACUACAAAGCAUUACAGUAUUGUUAGAAUAUUUGGGGGAUAUUGUAUAAUUAACUUGAAGUGAAAUGUGACCUGUUUGUAUCUUAGACUUGAAGGAGAGAUUUAAAAAAACAUAUUUAUUUUCCUUAGUAUAGACAAAAAGGCAGCGACACGCUCACUGUGAAAAGAAGAUUUGUGGGACAUGAGAUUCAGUAAGUCUCAACAUUAUAUUUGACGGUAAACAAGAUGCAAGCGACCACUGAUCAACAGUUUUUCUAGCAACCACAGUGAUAAACAGGUGUUGGAUAAAAUGCUCCAUAAAGCAGCUUUAGGAAAGGAGGAAUUUCUGACACGGCUUUACUUUGGUGUCAUCUUGAUUUAUUUAUCCACAGUGCUGAGGAAUUACGUUAACUUCAAGCUUUAAUUUUCUGCAUUAGUACCAGUUGCCUUGAGUGUCAUGUUUUUUUUUCUGUUGUUACAAUAUCAAGCUGUUGAAGCUUAAGUCCAAAUCACAGAAAGACAGUACGAUGGGGAGAGCAUGAUCCAAAAAAAUCAUCACAUACUUGAAGGUUUAGAGAGAGUUCAAGGUAAAAGCCGACAUUUAAAAAAAACAGUUAAUUUCAGAAAUUAGAAUAGGUUUCCGUGUACAGAUGAAUGAUCAGCAUCUGUGUUUACACACAACCAGCCUGUAGAAGCACGACAAAUGAGCACACGCGCACACAGAGCAAUCAUUCCCAUCCUUUUAUUUGUUGUGAAUGUGGUACAAUAGCAUCAAUGUGGAAAAUAAGGUGGCUGCUUUCAGAGAGGACGCUGGGAAGAUGAGUUUUGCUCGACCAAAGUUGCUCAUUGUUUCAGUUGAAAAACAGGCAUAAACAAAGGAGUUUGGCUCAAGUGACGGAAAACUCUGCCGUAAAGCUGAUUGGUCUACAUUUGCAUCUCAUGUUAUAUUAUGAUAUCGCAUAAUACUGUCACAGCUUAGCGUCCAAAAUAGCUGGUAUUGUUUUGAUUUUUCACCCAAAAGACAAAGCAUGGAGAGUUAUUUUUCUUUAAUGCCAGAUGAAAAGUAAAAUCACAGGUUUAUGACUAUUACUGUCACCUUACUUACCCCACUACGGUUUUAUUAUUGUUAGGAUUCACUGUAUUUAUUAUUAUUUGAAAUUUACUUUGAAACAUUUCAGAGCGAAAGGUCCAAUUAAAGAAACUUUUAAUCACCACUCCAGUAAACAGAAACUGUUGAAAACCAAUGGAAGCUCAAAACUUUGUGGGUCAAAUGUCGAUUGGGAAAAUAAAGUCUGAAUUUUAACAGCUUUACUCUCGGCGUCUUUUUUAGAAAAUGGAGACGUAGGAUCAUAUUUCAUUUUCAAGUUAAAUAAAAACCAACUUAGUGCUUUGUGGAUUUUUUUUCACAGUUACAUUUCACCAUCGAAUCCUGUUACAGGUCAACUUUGGCCUCACUCUGCGACAAGUUUCCCUAUGCGUUUGUAGCCGACACAGUUUGCAAUUCACAUGUUCAAUCAGAACUACUUUGGCGACAAACUAUGGCAAUGGCAACUGCAAAAAGUUCAAAAUGUUUCAAAAUGACAGCGUAACUCAAAUAUAGUGAGUUAAGAGGUUCACUGCUUAAUCACAACAAAUAUGUUCUAUCCAGAGCAUAUUUUCAUCAACAUAAUAAUUAAGCUCCCCCUAGAAAGAUACUGUAAAUACAAAAUAAAAAGAGUGGAAAAAGAAGGGAAAACACACCAAAACGAAAAGGCACCUCUGAAUCCUCAACUGCUUCCUUUCUAACACCAACAUCAGAUCCAAAUCAGAGCAAAACACUUGUUACAGUACAGAAAGAAAAGGAGUGAAACCAAAACACAAACAGCCAUCUUUACAGCUGCUCUCCUCUCACUACAAGGAGCUCCUCCACACAGCAAAGUGCCUCCUGUUAAUGUUCAAUGUUCUCACUCACAAUGGCACUCACUUCAGGUGUACAAACCAGAAACUGUACAUGACAAGAAAUGAAACUAUAUAU